CAGCUGUGUGCACUGCCUAUGAUUAUUGGUGCUGCUAUGAGUGCAACAAGCAAAACCCUUGCUGGCAUGCUUUUAGGAAAGUUAUUUGUUGGGACUGGUAUGGGUUUGGGACCUCCUGUUGCUGCUCUCUAUGUAACUGAGGUUUCACCUGCUUUUGUUAGGGGUACUUAUGGAAGCUUAGUCCAAAUUGCUACAUGCCUUGGGAUCAUGGGGGCUCUUUUAGUUGGAAUCCCUGUCAAAGAUAUUGCUGACUAGUAAGAAUGAAUUCCAGAUCUUCCUG